CAACCCCGAGUCACAUGACUCAACCACUGGCAGCGAGCGAGAGCGCAAAAGGGAGGCAGAGGCUCGGUGCAUACGGGCUGCACACCGCCGUUCCUCCGCCGCUAUCCGCCCCAUUUCUUGUUAAUAGAAACCUUUUACUCCCGCUCGCAGGCACUGCUGCAGGACUAGGAUGACUGGGAAGACCCAGACCAGCAACGUGACCAACAAGAAUGACCCACGCUCCCUCAACUCACGCGUCUUCAUUGGAAACCUCAACACAGCCGUGGUGACCAAGGCUGACAUUGAGGCCAUCUUUGCCAAAUAUGGCAAGAUAGUGGGCUGCUCGGUGCACAAGGGCUAUGCCUUCGUUCAGUACGCCAGCGAGAGGAAUGCCAGGGCGGCCGUGGCUGGGGAGAAUGCCAGGGUCAUAGCUGGACAAUCACUAGAUAUCAACAUGGCAGGAGAGCCCAAGCCGUACCGACCUAAGAUGGGCUCCAAGAGGCCUCUCUCAUCCCUCUACAGUGGCUACGAGUUUGACUAUGACUACUACAGAGGUGAUUUCUACAGCCGACUCUUUGAGUACCAUGGCCGUGUUGUGCCCCCGACCCGAGCUGUGAUCCCCAUCAAACGGUCACGGCUAGUUGUCCCAUCCACACGCAGAGCCAAAUCCUCUUUUCCUGUCAGGGCCUAUUCUUCCUCUUCCUCCUCCUCCUCUUCCUCUUCCCGAGCAUUCAAUGUUGGCUCUUCCAUCAUUGGCCCUAAACUGAAGACAGACCAACUUGUAACAAUCAAGAAGGAGCUGUCACAGAUCAAGACCAAGAUCGACUCACUGCUGGGGAGGCUGGAGAAGAUUGAGAGGCAACACCGUUCUGAUGCUGAGAUUCAGAGGAAACAGGAGGAGGUGUGUGAGUGUCUCCAUGGUGAUGCAGCAGACCACUCCAGUGGAGAGGAAGUGGAUGGGACGGCUGAGGUGGAAGCAGGGGAAAUGACGGAUGGCGGUGAGGAUGACUUUGAAGAUGAAGGCACCAGCGACAUGACUCCCCAGUCCAGCUGCCCAGAUCGCCUGCCGUUCCUCCCGGUCUCCUCUGUCCUCUCCCUCGGAGCCCUUCACCUGGAUAACCUGCCGCUUUCCCCCAGACUCUGGUCUUCCCCCCGCCUGGCUCCCUCUCCUCCUGACGCCCCACCAGAUCUGCCUCCCACCCCAGUCCAGACACAUGUUGGCCACCGCUGGUCCCGGACACCGAACCACCAGUCCGCGCUCCGCUGUCCCGGCAUCCACCAGCUCACCGGCACCACACUACAGUCAUCCCGGACGACCUCCCACCACUGAUCCCCAACUCCGCUAUACCACGUCCCGGGCUCCUCCCUCCACCGGCUAUCCCUCUGCUCCUCUCGCAUUUCCCCUCGACCUUUCCUCCAUUAAAGCCAGUAUUCUCGUUCAGCCUGCCUCGUUGAGUGUUCUCUGCUCGGGUUCCAACCUCAGACCGUAACAAAAUGAGCAGACAACAGACCAGACAAAUCACUAUGAUGGAAACUGUUACAUCCAGAUCCGUUAGAGCACUGAAAGAAUAAGAUAGAGAACCAAAUAUCAGACAUUGACAACUGAGCAAGUUGGGGAAAAAGAUGCCUGCAAUGCAAGAAGUUGGGAGAACAGAUUCCAGCAAAACCUUCUUGAUCAAGGAGGUGUCUUUGACAUGAAAGGAAAGCAAUGACUGACAGCCUAGGAAGAGUUUUUCAAACUUGUUUGUUGCUUGUUUGCCUCAUUAGAACAUGACACUCCUGAUGUGUACUUCAUCAAAAUGCUGGGUAUAAAUAUUCUCCAGACUGCUGCAAGAUCAACUGCAAAGAGCAAUCAAUAAUUUCCAGUCAAACUGAUUGCCUUUCUGAAAAAUACGGACAAUACAGUGUAUUGUGUGCUUAAUAUAUUAUGGUCUGUAUUGUGCAUAAAAAUGCAGUUAAAUGAUCAGUCAGAUGAAACUGAAAUGAUCUCUUUUGCUGUACCUCAAAUUUAUGUUUUUGUUUCUGUGCAUUGAAAACUGUGACAAGAUACGAUGCUGGCAGAUAGCUAAAUCUGAAUGGAAGAGUAAUGCAUUGUCUUUGACACUAAACAAUUCUGUGAUUUGCUUUAUUCGUACAUUUUAACAAAAUGUACCAUCUGUAAUUUAUUCACAAUGUCUUCACACCGUAUUGUAUGCAUACAGCAUGUUUAAAAUGGGGCUAUUAUGGAUCAUUUGUAUUGAUUAUGUCUGUUGUACUGCCAUGGGUGAUUAGAGUUUUUGGCAUAAACCUGCUCCCACCCAAAAAAAGGUGUUGUUGUCAUUUUCACAAACAAGUGACAAAUCAGUAAGCAUAUUGUUUUUCUGUGUUGGGUUUCGGAUCAGUAUAGUAUCUCAUCAACUUUGGGGUGGCCUCUUAUUUUUGGAUAAAUCGUGAUAACUUGGGUGUAGCCCUGUAGUUUGUCUAGCGUCACCAUAAGGUUGAGAUUUGUGGUCUUAAGAACACUGGAUCACUGCCAUUAAAUCUACAGACAUUUAGUGAGAAUACAUAUGUUAUGUGCUGUACUUAAAUAUAAAUUCAAGUUGUGCAUUUUAAUCAUACACUACCAGACAGAAGACUGGACACACUUUCUCAUUCAGUGCUUUUUAUUUGUUUGCAUUAUUUUCUACUUUGUAGAUUAAUGCUGACCAUUGAUACAUUUUUGUUUACAACAUAAUUCCAUAUGUAUUCUUUCGUAGUUUUGAUGUUUUCAGUGUUAAUCUACAAUGUAUGAAAUAAUUAAAUCAAAAUCAUUGAAUAAGAAGGUGCAUCCAAACUCUUAACUGGUAGUGUAUAUUAAGGUUAUAACUUUUUGAACUUUUUUUCCAAAAUCAAAGUCCUGCAUCAUGAUUGGAUGAACUUUUUGGUAUAAUUGAAGAAACCAAACUCCAUUUUAAACACUCUUUUAAAAAAGUCCCCCUGAAACAAAAAAGUAGUAAAUACACAUUAUAUGAAAUGUGAAACCAUGCUAAGUUAUCACAAGGGUCAUUACAAGUCAAUAUGACUGAUAAUGGAUCAAUGAUAAGUUGUACUGCCAUCAUAUUAUACUGGAGUAUCAGUUUCUAUUCUUGCUUUCACUUUAUAAGCCAUGUCAUUGGCUGUACCAAAAAGUUCAUCCAAUCAUGAUGCAGGACUUAGAUUUUGGGAAAAAAAAGUUAUAACCCUAGUGUAUAUACUUUAUACGGUAAUUCUACUCCACUGCAUAAUGUACAUAUUUAAAGCUGUUAUAGCUACUCAAAUGAUGUAAUUGACAAAAAAUGUACUGUCAUAAAUUAUUUAAAGACCCCCUCCACUGGAAAUCAGGUUUUAUACCUGGUCUUUAUAUUCUGGAAGACACAUCAUGAGGGAAACAUACAGCCAACACCAUAGCUUGAGAAAUGCUACCUUGAAACUGCAGUAUACCAGUGACUCACAAAGACAGACUCAGAGUUGUAGGGUUUCAUACAUGACAAACCUAAGGAAUCAAUCCUGUCAGUUUGCCAGGUGGGACUAUCUGGAUCAUUGUAUUUCUCCAGAAGUGGGUCCCAGCUUGAAUAGGUAAGACUGAAUUACUCCAGUGUUACAACUUCCCAUUAGAAAGGUGUGCUUUGAGAGCUGUAGAGUAUACCUGAUGUGCUGCAGCAAGGGGCAGGUGAAGAGAGAGGUAGGACUUCAUAGAUUUGUGUAUUGUAGUUAAAUCAAUCGUAUAGUGUUACAUUUCAGCUUUUUGUAGGGCAGGAAGGGCUUAUUUCAUUGGAAAAAAAAAUAUGAAUAUGUAACUGAUACACAAAGAUUUUUUUUUUUUUUUUUUUAGGGCUUAAAUGGACAGGAACAGUAGUUCCAGUCUGUUAAAUGUGAGGAUUUGCAAUAAUUUUAUGAAAUGAGCAGGUCCUAUGAUUGGCAUUUUUCACUAUUUUAAUAAGUUUUAACCAAACAAUACUUUGAUUAAAUAAGGAACUUAUCAGCAGAUCACUCCAUUAGAAUGAAUAUUCUGUUAGCCUGUUUAUGAAAUUAGAAGAAAAAUGUGCCCUCCUAAGAUCAGAAUGUUAGAAUUCAACUCAAGGCAUCACAGAGCCACCAGCAUGACUGCAGGCUCUUGUUAUUAACCUUGUGUAAAUGUGUGCCAGACUCAGCCUGAAGCUAUACUUCUGUGUAACUUUUCUCUUCAACCCUGAACCAUUUUAAAAGUAAAUGGAAGUAACAAGGUGAAAAUGAAAGCCCAGCAGGAUGCUAAAUGUUCAAAUUCUCUUCAAGUGUCUUUUAGCACUGUGUAAAGCGCUAUAUAAAUAUAAUUAUUUUAUUAUUAUUAUUAUUAUUAUUAUUAUUAAUAUAAGGUGCUGAGAGUUGCAGAGAGGGUGAUUCGCCAGGCUUCAACAAAGCAACCUCCAAAGGUGUCAACACUCACACACAUCGUCCGGGAGGAGAUUGGAACAGAGGAUGUUUUUCUGUUUGGGGAACACAUUGAAGAAACACAGUUUGGUAUCGACAACCAUCAUUCCAGCUUGUUGUCAUUGGUUGUGUCCAUGUUUCUCAAGAUAAGGCUGCACCAUAUUGCCAGACUUACUUAUCUUGACCUGCAGAAAGGGAGCACAAGAAAGAAGCUCUGCAAAACAGUCCUCUUUCAUUGGUUUUAGCUGUCAAACAGCGCUGAGUGGAGCGGGUGACCGGUCUAAGAUGGCGGCCCCACCGCUCGUCAGCCACAAUAGGCAGUAGCAGUCGAUGUGGUGUCUACUCUUUAUAUAUGUCUAUGGUUGCACACGUUGUUUACCAUGCCUGCUGUACAUGGAAAUAGACUAGUGUUAGCUCUCUGUGAGGCAAAGAAACGGCAUCCAGACUUGGGGAUUUUCCAGUGUAGUGUCUGAAACAUGUUUGUUGUAAUAGCCCGGACUUUGUAAGGUGUCUCGGUUUGAAGAGGGAGCUGUGUCCGCCCGCUCUGCACCAGUUUCUACCGCCAGGAGUGACCGUGGCUGUGGACUAUCAUCGUGGAUUCUCUGUUCUCAUGCAGAAUUUGGAUCGCCUGCCUUUUGAUGUCAGUAAGAUCUUUCCUUUAGGUAUGUCUAGGAAGACAACUUCCAGAAGUGACACUGGACUGAGCUAACGUUGUGCACAAUUCAACUAAGGGACUAAAAGCUGCAGCAAAUCUGUUAUCCUGGCCAGUUAUUUGUUAUUUUUUAAACGAAAUUUUGGAUGUGCUUUUGAGACAUUUAAAUAAUAAUGUUAGUAUAACAAAGCAA